UCUUCCUGAGGCCUGCUGAGUAGGGUCGGCUUAUAAAUGGAAAAUGGGAGAGCUCACACCUUAACAGUCUUGUUCAUCCUCACCUGUGCUUUGGGAUACGUAACCUUGUUUGAAGAAACACCCCAAGAUACAGCCUACAAUACAAAGAGAGGUAUCGUUGCCAGUAUUUUGGUUUUCUUAUGUUUUGGAGUUACACAAGCUAAAGAUGGACCAUUUUCAAGACCUCAUCCAGCUUACUGGAGGUUUUGGCUUUGCGUCAGCGUUGUAUAUGAACUCUUCCUCAUCUUUAUACUCUUUCAGACUGUACAAGAUGGCAGACAGUUUAUGAAGUACAUUGAUCCGAAUUUAGGUGUUCCCUUGCCAGAAAGAGACUACGGUGGCAACUGCCUUAUCUAUGAUCCCGGCAAUGAAACUGAUCCGCUUCACAAUAUCUGGGACAAACUGGAUGGUUUUGUUCCUGCUCACUUUUUUGGCUGGUACCUAAAAACAUUAAUGAUUCGAGACUGGUGGAUGUGCAUGAUCAUCAGUGUCAUGUUUGAAUUUCUGGAAUACAGUCUGGAACACCAGCUUCCAAACUUCAGCGAAUGUUGGUGGGAUCACUGGAUAAUGGAUGUGAUCUUAUGUAACGGAUUAGGAAUUUACUGUGGGAUGAAGACUCUGUCUUGGCUUUCAUUGAAAACAUACAAAUGGCAAGGACUUUGGAACAUUCCUACCUAUAAAGGUAAAAUGAAGAGAAUUGUCUUCCAGUUCACCCCAUAUAGCUGGGUCAAGUUUGAGUGGAAGCCAGCAUCCAGUUUACGCAGAUGGCUAGCAGUUUGUGGCAUCAUCUUUGUAUUUUUAUUGGCAGAGCUGAACACGUUUUACUUGAAGUUUGUCCUUUGGAUGCCGCCAGAACACUACUUGGUCCUGUUGCGCCUUGUCUUUUUUGUCAAUGUGGGAGGUGUGGCUAUGAGGGAGAUCUACGACUUCAUGGAUGACCCGAAGUUCCAUAAGAAGCUGGGUCAGCAGGCAUGGCUGGUUGCUGCCAUUACUGCCACGGAGUUUCUGAUUGUUGUCAAGUACGAUCCCUAUACCCUCACGCUCUCUCUUCCUUUCUACAUUACCCAGUGCUGGAUCUUGGGCAUCAUCCUUGUGCUCACCUGGACAGCCUGGCGUUUCUUCAUACGUGACAUCACCUUGCGGUAUAAGGAGAUAAGACGACAGAAGCAAGAACACAAAAAUGAGAGAGACAAAUGCUUGAGUAAUGGUGAUGGACUUUCCUCCAUAGUGGAUGAACAAAAUGGGAGCAAACUAAGGGAAAGGAAACUUUGAGCAAUGGACAAAGGGUUAAGAGGAACUCAUAGUGCUCCAGUUAGCCUGGUGGACAGUUGCAACCUUAUUCUACCUAAUUUGUAAUUUUCAUUGUUAGUUUUUCGACAUAUGAAAAUCCUCUUGGGGAAAAGAUGUCACUUUGACAUAUGUACCC